GGAAGCCGGGCGGCCGUGCGCCGUGAAUGCCAAGAGAAAAGGGCACAAAAAGCCCCAUUGAGUGGCGGGGGGCCCCCUCGACCCCCCUCGACCCCCCUCCGCCCCCCUCCCCGUCCCACCACUCACCCACCCUCCUCCCCCCUCCCCCCGUCCGUCACGGGGCGGGGAGGAUCCUAUUUAAGAGCCUCAGGCGCCUCUGCCGGCCCCGAAGCUGCUGGCCGGAGGCUCGCGGGGCCCCGGGGCGGUGCCGGCCGGCGGCAUCCGGAGUCCUCCGCGUCCUCCUGCUCGGUCCUCCGCGUCCUCCUCCUGCCCCUCCGCGUCAGAGUCCUCCGCGUCCUCCUGCUCGGUCCUCCGCGUCCUCCUCCUGCCCCUCCGCGUCAGAGUCCUCCGCGUCCUCCUGCUCCGUCCUCCGCGUCUCCUCCUGCCCCUCCGCGUCCGAGUCCUCCGCGUCCUCCUGUGAGUCCUCCUCCGAGUCCUCCGAGUCCUCCGUGUCCUCCCCCGAGUCCUCCUCGUCCUCUUCAGCAUCAGGACCAGAAUCUCCAGCAUCAUCAGGACCAGAAUCUCCAGCAUCAUCAGGACCAGAAUCUCCAGCAUCAUCAGGACCAGCAUCAACAGCAUCAUCAGGACCAGAAUCUCCUGCAUCAGCACCAGCAUCAGGACCAGAAUCUCCAUCAGCCUCAGCACCAGCAUCGUCACCAGCACCAACAGCAUCAGGACCAGCAUCAGCAGCAUCUUCUCCAGCCUCAGGACCUGAAUCUCCGUCAGCAUCAGGACCAGCAUCUUCUACCAGCAUCAAGACCAGCCUCAGGACCUGAAUCUCCGUCAGCAUCAGGACCAGCAUCUUCACCAGCAUCAGCAGCAUCUUCUCCAGCAUCAGGACCUGAAUCUUCUUCACCAGCAUCAGGACCAGCAUCAGGACCAGAAUCUCCGUCAGCAUCAGGACCUGAAUCUCCGUCAGCAUCAGGACCAGAAUCUUCUUCCUCAGCAUCAGGACCAGCAUCUCCAGCAUCAGGACCAGAAUCUCAGCAUCUUUCCUCAGCAUCUUCUUCCUCAGCAUCAGGACCAGCAUCUCCAGCAUCAGGACCAGCAUCUCCAUCUUCCUCAGCAUCUUCCUCAGCAUCAGCACCAGCGUCUUCACUCAGCAUCUUCUUCCUCAGCAUCAGGACCAGCAUCUCCUUCAGCAUCAGGACCAGAACUCCAUCAGCAUCUUCCCCAGCAUCUUCUUCCUCAGCAUCAGGACCAGCAUCUCCAGCAUCAGGACCAGAAUCUCAGCAUCUUUCCCAGCAUCUUCUUCCUCAGCAUCAGGACCAGCAUCUCCAGCAUCAGGACCAGAAUCUCAGCAUCUUCUUCCGCAUCUUCAGGCCGCAGCAUCAGGACCAGCAUCUCUCAGCAUCAGCAUCUUCCUCGGCAUCAGCACCAGCAUCUGGCUCCUACCCCACGUGACUCCCCGGGGUCCCCCGGGCGUGACAGCAGGGGGCAGCGGCGGCCAC